AUGGGUACCAAAAUCUUGACCUCUUCUAGCCAUGGCUUUGAGAAUGAAUGCAAAGAGAUUCAUGAUUCUUGGGGAAGGUUAAACGGCCAGUUGGUUCGAUCAUUGGCUGGCAGGUCGAAUCUUGAAAGGCAACAAAUUAGAGAGACUUACAAGGCCAUGUAUGGAGAAGAUAUGGCAAUUCUUCUCCAAAAGAUGCAAGGCCAAUUUGGAGAAAAAGUUUCUGCAGCUUUAUUCAUGUGGAUGGUAGACACACAUGAACGGGAUGCUAUUGUCGCAAGGGAAGCUUUUAGACAAGGUGACGCUAACUACAAGGCUCUUGUUGAGAUUUUUGUCGGUCGAAAAUCAAGUCAUAUUGUGCUCAUCAAGCAGGCUUAUUAUGCAAGAUUUAGAAGGCAUUUAGACCAAGAUAUUAUCAAUCUUGAGCCACCACACCCAUACCAAAAGAUUCUUGUAGCAUUGGCUGCAUCACACAAGGCACACCAGGUAGAUGUUAGCCAACAUAUUGCAAAAUGUGAUGCCAGGAGGCUGUAUGAAGCUGGGGAAGGGAGUUCACCAGGAGCAAUUGAAGAAGCUGUUGUGCUUGAGAUUCUGAGUAAAAGGAGCAUUCCACAGAUGAAAUUGACCCUUUCUAGCUAUAAACACAUUUAUGGACAUGAGUACACAAAGUCACUUGCAAAUGGAAACUACAUGGAAUUUAAGGAUGCACUUAAAAUAGUCAUAAAAUGCAUGUGCAAUCCACCUAAUUAUUACGCAAAGGUAUUGUAUGCAAGUAUUAAAGGGACCGCGGCAGACAAGGGUGCCUUGGCACGCGUGAUGAUAAGCAGAGCUGAGGUAGACAUGUAUGAGAUACAAAGGAUUUUCAAGAGAAGAUAUGGGAUGGAACUGAAAGAAGCAAUAUGUGAGAGCAUUCCAUCUGGAGAUUACAGAGAUUUUCUUGUUGCUAUAGCCUCAACCACUUCUAUUAUUACAAGCUAG